UCUCUCUCUCGAUCGACCCACCUUGGCCCUCCCUCUUUGCUCAAGUCUAACAAAUGGAAAGAGGCUUUGGGAAGGGGAGAGAGAAAGCAUACAUCCACGUUACAGGGAGAACGCGCUGAUAGUAGGCGAUAAGAGCAGUAGUAUUAUCGACAUACCUGCAGGAGGAGGAGGAGAAGAAAGAAGUGAUUCAGCUCUCGUGCAUGGAACCGGCGCCGGGGGCACCCGGCGGAACCGGUGAAGGCCCUUCCUCCUCGUCCGACCCCGCCGACCCGGGUGCUGCAUCGCCGCCUCCUCCUCUUCCUCCACGACAGGAGCAACAGCAGCAGCCGCCGCUCAGUCGGUAUGAGUCGCAGAAGAGGCGCGAUUGGAACACCUUCCUCCAAUACCUGACGAACCACAAGCCGCCGCUGACGCUCGCGAGGUGCAGCGGGGCGCAUGUGAUCGAGUUCCUCAAGUACCUGGACCAGUUCGGGAAGACGAAGGUGCACGCCGCCGGGUGCACCUUCUUCGGCCAGCCGAACCCCCCUGCGCCCUGCGCGUGCCCCCUCAGGCAGGCUUGGGGCUCCCUCGAUGCGCUCAUCGGCCGCCUCCGCGCGGCCUACGAGGAGAGCGGCGGCCGGUCCGAGUCCAACCCCUUCGCCGCCCGCCCCGUCAGGAUUUACCUCAGGGAGGUGCGGGAGAGCCAGGCGAAGGCCCGGGGCAUCCCUUACGAGAAGAAGAAGCGUAAGCGAGACCCGUCUGCGGCCACCGCUGCCUCGGCAUCCGCUUCCGCCGCUACAGUACCCGAGAAGAAUUCGGAAGCUGGGGGGGAGUCUUCCUCUUCGGCUCUGCCUGCUGCCGGUGGGACUAGCAGUGCUACUACUUCAGCGGUGGGCGUUCGACGGGAUGGUUCAUCAUCGACCUCAUGACUAUAAAUUCCUCUACUUUAAUUGCUCCCUUCUUAUGGGAUCUGAUGCAUUAAUGCCGGUAAGAUCACAUCCCAUAUGCUUUAUUUCGUUACCAAUAUAUUUGAUGGACGAAAACAAAAUAGGAAUCAUAUACAUAUUAUGUAGAUAAUUCUCUACAUUAAGUUGAUAAAUGAAGGUGUCAGAGAAAUUAAGCUGGAGUAAAUGGAUCUCUCUCUCUCUUCUCUUCUCUCCUUACUCUCA